AUGGAGGGCUUCCUAGCAGCCCGAGCCCUAGGGGAGGAAUCUCUCCAGAUGUGGGACCUCAACAAGCGUCUGGAAGCCUACUUGGCCCGGGUCAAGUUCCUGGAAGAGGAGAAUGAACUGCUGAGAGCCGAGAUCCAGAGCGCGAAGGACAGGCCGGCGGAGAGCUCCUGGCGGUGCAAAUACGAGGAGGAGCUGAGCGCCUUGAGGGCGACUUUGGAUGAUGCCUUCAGGGAGAAGCACGCGGCGGAGCUGACCAGAGACAACCUCUCCGAGGAAAUCCAGCAUGUGAAAAGCCGCUGCCAGAAGGAGCGGGCGGCCCAGGAAGAAGCCAAGAAGCAGCUGGCCCUGAGCAAAAAGGAGCUGGAGGAGGAGAGACGGGCUCAGAUCUGGCUGAGGGAAAGAGCCACCCAGCUGGAGAAGGAAGUGGAGGUGCUGGUGGACGUUCACGAGGAGGAGAAAGCCGGGCUGGAGCAGGAGAUGGCGAGCUUCUCCCAGAGCCUGGAGAACUUCCGUGCCGUGCCGGUGGCUUUCCAGCCCGUGGAGGUGGAGGACUAUUCCAAGAGGCUCUCGGAGAUCUGGAGGGGAGCGGUGGAGACCUACAAGAGUGAGGUCUCCCAGCUGGAGAGCUCCUUGUGCCAGGCCAAGGAGAAUCUCUGGAAGGCAGUGGAAGGCAACCGGCAGAACCAGCUGCAUCUGCAGCAAUUGGAGAAGGAGCUGGCUGGGCUGAAGGCACGGAAGGGGAUGCUGGAAGAGAGUCUUUCCAGGCAGUGGCAGGACCAGAGAGGGGAGGCCGAGAAGUUCCAGCUGGCCCUCGAGUCUCUGGAGCAGGAGAAAGAGGCCCUAGGAGUCCAGAUUGCUCACGUCCUGGAGGAGAGACAGCAGCUCAUGCACCUGAAGAUGUCCCUCGGUCUGGAGGUGGCAACCUACAGGACGCUCCUGGAAGCUGAGAGCAGCAGGCUGCAGAUGCCUUCAGCAGAGUACAAACUGGUCAAUGGGUUCAGAGAUGCCAAGCUGGAAGUGAGUAACAGCAAACUCCAAGCUGUGACGCCCGAGAGCAGGAGACUGGUUUCCUGGGACCACCGACUGAGCCCCACCACCUUCCAGAAGGGAGAGAGCAAGACACAGCUACUGAGAAACCAAAUCGAUUCCCCCAAGCUGCAAGUUGCCGCCGUGCUCCCCAAGAGCAACGGCCCCGUUGCUAGAGAGUUCCAGAAAAUCAACUCUGUCCUUCAGUCCCCACUCCUGAAAAGUGCCCAGGCGGUGAAGGAUACCGCCGCUCCGGGCCAUUCAAUCCCCGUCACGCUGGGCUCGUCCCACGCCGGGGAGAUGAUCAAAGCCGCCGAAGCAGAGAUGGUGGCCCACUCUUUCUCCCGGGAGCCGUUCGAGCAGCUUGACUCCAUGCGCUCCGCAGUGCCGGAGCCACGGCCGUUGGGACGGUCCGAUCCAGACAUGGAAGGCAGGAGCCCGGCAGCAGAAGGUGGAGAUCCACCUGCAAGCCAGGUGGAAGCAGGUGAUAUUGGCCAGGAGGAAGAAUGUCACGAGGAAGCCAGGAAAGAGGUCGAGAAAGAUCCCAGCGAAGAACCACCCGGGAAGCUGGCUCCCAAGGAUUCGCUCUGUCCCAGGCAGCUAGUCAACGAAGCAUUGGAAGAUGCCCUGAAGGAAGUAAUAGAUCGCUCCGAACCAGCUGUGGACUCCGGCCCUCUGCAAGCAGAUAAGGCCCCAAAUGACGUGUAUUCUUAUGUCUCUGCUCCCCUGGAAGAGGCUUACGGGCUAGCUGCUUCUCCCAGCGCAGAGGUAUUGGAAGAAGGAAAGGAGACUGAGUAUGAAGGCCAGAUGGAAGCCAGUCAUCCAGCAGAGCAGCUCAAGGCAGUCAAAGGCACCGAAGCCACAGAUGAAAUGGACAGUGGCCUAGAGCCCCAUUUUGAAGAGGAGACCAGGGAAGCAGCCAUCCAGGAGCUCCCGGAUGUGAAAAGUUCUGCUCAGCAGGACGGAGAGGAGUCACAGUCAGGGCUGGGUCCUUCCACCAAGCGGAAUGAAGAAAGCAUCCCUGAUAUUCUAGCCACCGAGGGAAGGCCUGAAAUAGAGACCCGGGAGGAAGUGAGAUCUUGGAAGCAGAAUGAGAGUCAAGAAGAAGAGACACCAAGGUCACAGAGCGCAGACACGUGCGGGGAGACGGAUGCAGUUUGCAAGAGCACAGAGCAGGGAAGUCCGUUAGAUGAAGGUGGGCUGGUUUUAACGGGAGCAGAGGGAAAGCGUUGGGAGGCUGGAAUAAGUGGCCACAGUCACCUACCUGCCACGGAAGGGAAUGUGGAAGAGUUUGACCGCGGAGAAGAAGACCUUGAGGUGGUGAGCACAGAAGCGUUGCAUCAGUCAGAAGAUGAGGAAAGGCGAGAGCUCUGGAGCCCUUCCAGGGAGAAUGAAGAAGACAACUUCCAAGCAGAGAUGCUGGAAAGUGAAUUUCUGCAGGCGGAAAUACAAGCAACUCAAGCUUUUCCCAUGGAAAGUCACCCAGCUUUGGUUGUGGAAAGCCCACAAGAAGAGCAUCUUAGUGGCGCUGAGCAGGAAAAGUUUGAGCAGCAGGAAAUGUCACUUCAUGAGACUGAUGCCGCAGUAGGAGAGGAUGGGAGGAAAGAGAUGUUCUCCGACCGUGAGCUCUUGAGCAUCAAAGAGGCCAUCUUUGGGGAUGAGACUGUGUCAAAGGCUGAAGAAAACAUCCUGGGGGAUGAGACCCUGGACAGAACAAGAGGGGACAGUGAAGAACACAAGGCAAAGCUGGAAGAGGAAACUUUGGGACGCGAGGAUCUCAGCGCAGAUGAGAACGGCUUGAGACAUGAAAACUUAAAGCAGGAGAAAGAUACCUUGGAGGAGGAGGUUGGGGAUCUGCAAGAGAACGGCUUUGAAGAAGACAUUAUGCUGGCCAACGAAGGUCUGGAGAAUGUUCAGAAACUGGAGUCCUUGGGCAGAGAGGAAGAAGUGGAAGAAGACUAUCAAAGGCACCUGCCAAAGGAGAAGGAAGGGGAGGGUAAGGAAGAUACAGCAGGCUAUUCGGAGAUAGGGGAAGCUGCUGACAUUGCUUUGCAAGAACCAGCCUGGGCAGACACUAUAAUGACCAGCACAGGAGUAACAGAAAAUGAACGUGAGCAGAUAAAGGGCAGUUUGGGUGCAGAGAUGGAAGAAAUAAUGGGAGAUGAUGAUGAAGAUGAUGAUGCAGGUCACUUUAUAGGCAGUGAGCAUCCAAUGUCACACAACGAAGCGGAGCAGGAGGCCAGCCCCGGCAUGGAGCUGAUGGAAGAAGACCAUUACAGCAGCGAAAGAGAGCAUGAGGACAUCCAGAGCCAACCUGCCCCGCAGCUUGGAGAUUCCCCAAGCCAUGAAAUCAGCGAUGAACAGACCGAGGUGCUGGAGGAGCCUUGGGAGAAGGUAGACGUUGCGGGUGAAGCUGAGGGAGAACUCUGCGAAGAACCUAAGAGGCCGGAGAACAUAGACAUGGCCUCCCAGGCACCAGGUGACUUUUCAGAAUCUGAGGACUCCCUGGGAUCCCUGGAAGAUGUCUCCCCCAAUGCCUCCCAGAAAAUGGAAGGGAUGGAGGAGGAAUUGGAAAGCGGCAAGAGGAUUAUGUUGGAGGAAACGCUGCCAGAUAGCACACCCCUGCGCUUCUAUGAAAAGGAGGUGCUGGCUGAGGCCAUGUCCAACCAACCACCUCCAGUAAGUGAUGACGGUGGAGAUUCACCACCAGCCCCCGAAAGCACUGAAGUUUCCCCAGAUGACGUAGGACAGCUAGAAAGCAGGGCCGCACCAUCAGGCUCCCAAGAGAAGGAAAGCAAUGAGGAGGAUGAAUCUGGCCCGGUGUUGGCAAGAACAUCAGAGCGCGCAGAGGAAGAAGGAGGUUAUUUCAUGGUUUCGGCACCCAGCCAAGAGACACCCUGUCUGGAGGAAGCUGAGGUUUUGGAGGACUUCGAAGAAAUCAAGGUCGAAACAUCAAAUCUCACCGGAGAAGAUCCAGAAAUGCUCAUGGCGCUGUCUGAAGUGCCAAGGGAUGAGAGCCUCUUUGAGGCUGAAUCGGAGGAGGAGGUGGAACAGGAGAGCAACGCGGGCAAAGAAAGCGAGGGUAGAGAGUUUCCUCCAGAGGAGAGCAAGCCCCACUGCUCGGAUUUCACCUGGGAGCCAGAAAAGGAGGAUGGUUUCCCAACCAAAGCAAGCGACUGCGGCAGCAUUGCAGGUGGUGCUCAAACAGAGAGCGACGGAACAUUGGAUGCUCCCGAUCCUGGUGACGUACACCCUGAAGAUGCUCGGAAGGUUUCUCCGUUGACCAGCAUGGCUGACCUAGGAGAGAUUCUGUUGGAAGGGCAACUGCCUCUUAGCCAGAAAGGAAGCCCAGAUUCUAGCAGCCCUCUCUCCUCGGAGGAUGAGUCACCCAAUGUCACCCAAUCCCAUCCGGGUUCUGAUCCAGAGGUCAGCGGAGGACUUCACCCCGGGCAGCCAAAGGAUGCUACAGAGAUGAAUCAAAGUGGCAUGGACCACUCCAUGGAGACGGUAGCAAAGAUUCCGGCAGAUGUCAUGAAAGACUCGGACAUCCUGGAGAUUGUAGAGCAAGCUCUGGAGUUUAACCAAGAGCUGAUGCUGGGCGCGAGGCUUUCGGAGCUGCACGCUGGAGAUGAACAGCAGGCUGAAGGCAGGAUUGAUGUGUCAGACCAGACCCAGGAGGUGGGGAGAGACAGCGGCAUGAGCGAGACAGGGGCUCUGCAGGAGACUGUCCUGGACUCCUCACCGCAAUCCAAGGAACUGACGACGUCCAGCCACAUGUGGACGGAGAGCAAUGCCAAUGGAGAAAUGAACGGGCUGCAUGGAGAGCAGAUAUUGAAUGGGAUCUCAGACCUGCAGCCACUCACCGAUCAGAAUGACUGUGCAAAAUCCAGAGGGCACGAGGUGAGCUCUUCUGGGGAUGAAUUCUUUGGGAAGGUCACCAUCACCCAGGAAUUACACGGAGAGGAACCAGAGGCCUUCCCCAUCUUGGAAACGAUGCUAAGUCAGAGCCCAUUGCAAACGCCAGACUACGAAGAAGGCCACGGAGCUGGAGAAGAACACUCCAAGAAAGGCCAGGUCUCCGAUGAAACCGACAAGAGCAAAUUCGCUGACAUAAUGCAGAGUGCUCACAUGCAAAGACAGGACCUUGAGGCUCAGACCAUCUCUGUCCCAUCACCUUUCGGAGACGAUGUCUUUCACCUGGGACCCAGCCAGCAUCUGAAAUUCCAGCUCAAAGAUGACCAGGAAUCGUGGUCUUCAGAAGAUGACUGA